UCUGCCACUUACAAUAGAAACUGGUUAGGGUUCUCCUCUCUCGGUUUUUCUCCCUCCUCACAGACGCUGCUGCACUCGCCGUUGGUUCUUUGAGGGAUUCGAAGGCCACUGGUGGGCAAUAUCUCUAAAGGUUGCACUGAGGAAUAAGAAAUUCAAGGGUGCUAGUUGACUAUUAUAUUUCAAAUUGAAGGCAAAAUAAAAAAAGAUGGGAGAGCCUUUAGAGGCCUUCAUAGAUGGAAACUGCAGUGUGGAAGAUGAAUUGCAUCACCGAUACUGGUCAAGUUGGUAUUUUAGCAAAGAAGAGAUUGAGAAGAACUCUCCUUCAAGGAAAGAUGGUAUUGAUCUGAGAAAGGAGUCACAACUUCGGAUGUCAUACUGUUCAUUCCUUCGGGAUCUUGGCAUCAGGCUUGGAUUACCACAGGUUACAAUUGCCACUGCAAUUAUGUUUUGCCAUCGCUUUUAUCUCCAUCAAUCCCAUGCGAAGAAUGAAUGGCAGAUAGUUGCAACAGUCUGCAUGUUUCUUGCUUCCAAGGCAGACGAGACACCUUGUGGUUUGGACAGGAUUGUUGUUGUGGCAUGUGAGACAAUGCACAAAAGAGAUCCUGCUGCUGCACGGAGAGUUCGCCAGAAAGAUUUUUUUGAGAAGCAAAAGGCUUUGAUAUUGAUUGGGGAGAGAUUGCUUCUAUCAACACUUCGGUUUGAUUUCAAUAUUCAACAUCCUUAUAGGCCACUUCUAAAUGCUCUAAAGAAACUUGGGAUUACUCAGAAGGAAGUAAGACAAGUAGCAUGGAACUAUGUGAAUGACUGGCUUUGGACGACAUUGUGCCUGCAAUAUAAACCCCAUUACAUUGCAGCUGGUUCCCUCUUCCUUGCUGCUAAGCUUCAUAAUGUAAGGCUUCCUUCAGAGAAGGGGGAUUAUGUCUGGUGGCAUGAAUUUGACAUCAACCCUCAGCAAUUAGAAGUGGUGAUUCAACUAAUGAAGCAGCUUUUGGGAUUCAAUAGAAGGACCUCUGUUAUUCAACCUUCUAUUGCAACCAACAAAGAUGUAUAUAGCAGCCCAGAUUCGGUUUUGAAUAGGCCAGAAUCCUCCAGAAGCAGCUCAAUUCAGAAACCUGAUGUAGAUAUAACCACUCAUAAACCUGUGGAUUCUACCGAUCAUGACCUGACAAACAUCUCGAUUGCAGAGAAAGAAAAGAGUUCAACGGAGUGUAGAACAGAACAGCGCCAGACGAGGGUUUCUGAAAACCCAAUUGCUGUUGCUGAGCAUAAUGAGACUCUGGGGAGGAAUGUGGACCGAGCAGUGUCGAAACCAGAUCAUACUCGAGUUGGGUUUGGUAAAAUUGAUAUGGAUAGAAUCAAGGCAACUAUUAAGAAGAGGAAGAAGGAAAUAGAGUUGAAUAAGCUGGCUGCGAAUGUUGAUUCCACUGAAGAUGCUUGGAUUGAGAGAGAAUUAGAAGUUGGGAUGGAGCUGGAAGCUGAAUCUGCAAAGAAACAGAAGCUUGCUUGGGCAAUGAAUUGAUAAUUGGACAAACCCAGUACACGAGGAGGUUGUCUUCAAGACUCAAACCUGGAUCAUCCAGUUCGCCAAAGAGGAAUUAAUUAGUGCGCUAAUAUACAACUGGUCAGUCAUCUUCAUUGUCCCAAGUUGUCUGGUCGGAAAGCCCCAGUCUGUGUUGAUUUAUCUGUUCAUAUUUCAUUGUUACUACAUGUUACUCGCAAGCACUGCUGCUAUACUCUCCAAAUCUUACCGCAGUUGCUGAAAUCAUGUGAAGGGUGUAUACAUAAAACUUAGCGGCUAAACGAGUUUUUCUCUUUUUCGGGUGA